GGCAAGUGUGGGCACAAUGGCUGCUGAAGUGGAUUGCAUUCUGAAACUAGGAGGUAGUGCAUUGACGCAGAAAAACCAGUUGGAGACGCUGAAAACGGAGUCCUUGCGGAGGGCGGCUGUUCUUGUUUCGAAGCUCUGGGAGGCUGGAGAGAGACGAUGCAUCAUCGUGCACGGCGCAGGGUCUUUUGGGCAUUUCCAGGCAAGAGAAUAUGGUAUUGCCUUGGGGACAUCAGGAAAAUCAGCUGCAAGUGAUAAUUUGAGACAAGGGCUGUGUUUGACCAGGCUUUCGGUCACCAAGUUGAACCAUUUGGUGACAGAACAAUUGAUUAGUGUUGGAGUUCCAGCAGUGGGGAUUUCGCCUUUUGGAACCUGGCAAACAACAAACAAGAAUGUUGUUGAGGCUGGUAUUGAUGCUGUGAAGAAGGUUGUAGAUGCAGGUUAUGUUCCUGUAUUACAUGGGGAUUGUACCCUUGACUUGGAGCAACACUGUUGUAUCUUAUCCGGAGAUACAGUUAUUGAGGUUUUAGCUAAGACAUUCUCUCCUAGGCGGGUUGUGUUUCUCACAGAUGUGAAUGGAAUUUACAGUUGUCCCCCUGAUACCCCAGGUGCUAGGCUGGUGGAUUCCAUUGUUAUUGGUCCUGAAAAAACUAUGGAGCCAACUGUGCUCACAUCUGCACUACCACAUGACACUACUGGAGGAGUGUCCUUGAAACUACAAACUGCCAUAAAUAUAGUUUCUUCGAGUCAUGGAUCCAUUCCUGUUCUGAUCUGCAAACUGGACAGUGAAGCAGCUGUAAAGGCUUGCUUGACUGGGGAAUUGAAAGAAGGCGAAGGCACAAAGCUUUCUUAUAUGGAUAAGUGAAGUCUUUUGUAAAGGAACCUUGAAUCAUGUGCAGAAGAAUUUCUGAAACAGUAAUAUUCAUAAAUUCUUGACUGACUUUUUUGUUUCAAUCA